CACUGAGUGGUUGCAUUUUUAUUUAGUUCUCUGCUGCCUCUUCAUCAUGACUCUUAGAAGCAUCAUGGUUUUCAUCAUCCCAUUUUUCAUCAUAGUUGGGGUACUGAGCCCAGCUGACUCUGCUGGUAUUUGCUCCAGGCAACACUGCUGUAAAAGAUAUGAUGAUAUAGUGGUCAAUAUCCGUCACAUACGAGCCUACAAGGAGCAAAGUAAACAGGGAGACUGCAUCAAAGCCAUCAUUUUCUACACCACCAGUAACCACAAAGUCUGUGCAAAUCCAGAGGAUGAGUGGGUGAAGGACACUCUUAAAAGGCUGAAAAAGCCGGAUCAUGUUGAAUACUUAUCGCCCAAAACCGAAUAUCGACCAAGUCAAGUCUCAAGUCUUGGGAGCUCAAGUCCAGGUAAAGUCUCAAGUCUUGGGAGCUCAAGUCCAAGUAAAGUCCCAAGUCUUGGGAGCUCAAGACCAAGUGAAGCCCCAAGUCUUGGGAGCUCAAGUCCAAGUGAAGUCCCAAGUCUUAAGCGCUCAAGUCCAAGUAAAGUCCCAAGUCUUGGGAGCUCAAAUCCAAGUCAAGUCCCAAGUCUUAAGAGCUCAAAUCCAAGUAAAGUCUCAAUUCUUAAGAGCUCAAAUCAAUAUCAAGAAUCAAUUCUUGACUAUGCCUGUGACAAUGCUUAAAUAAUGGCCCAAUAAGUUCUAAUUACAUUUUUAAUUAAAAUAAGUGCAAUAAUUUGUGAAGGCAUGCUUGCUUUGUGGUUUCAUCUCAGUCACUGAAAUAUUUACCUUGUCCAAGAUUUUAUCCGGGACACUUUUUCUGCAGCGCGCUCACUUAGAUGUUUGGUUACUGUGCUGCGACUUGGCAGGCAGUAUCUUUCACCUACCACUGACAGAAUGUUUUUAAAGCUGGGCUUAUCGAUCGUACUUGGAUGUUGCAUGAAACAAUAAAGUCCUGUAUUACUGCUUCACUAAUAGCCUUUAGUCUGGGAUGUCCCUGGGUGUACAUUUGCACUCCUUUAGUCAGAAAGGACUCUAUACUGCUCUGUCCCUCUCCACUUGGUUGUUUUAUUUUUCUUUAUUAAACUGAGAAAACAUGUAGAUGAAGAAUGAUGUUUAUAUAGAUUAGUACUUAGCCUUCUCCUAUAUAAUUUUAUCAAAUUUUUUAAACUGCAUUUCAAGGCUUCCUUUUCUUCUCUGAUGAAAGUUGGUGGUGACACUGGGGUGGCGGCUGAUGGACCUACAGUUACUCAACCCGAGCCCUUUCAAAAGGGUUUGUAUUUGAAAAAAAUGAGCUCAAGCACAUAUUUAUGGAAUGCUUUUCUAUUAAUAUAAGAGUGCAACAAUACGGUUAUAAAUAGUUAGAAGAUGACCUUUAGUGCAUUUUUAAAAAUGGCUCAAAAACAUUCAUAAAAUCAUGAAAAACAGCCAAUAUCUGACUUCAGCAGCAGUACAUUUAUGCAUCCCUAGUAUAUACACAAUUUCAAUUUCAUCCAUUCAUCCAGGAAAAUUUCUAUGUAUGUAUGUAUGGACGGAUGGAUGGAUUCCCUUUCAGUGACAUAAGUGAUUAUCAAGAUUACAAGCAGCAAAAUCAAAUUCAGAAAUUUGUCCAACAUGUUUACAGCCAAAAUCUAUGUAUGUAUUGAAUGUUUUAUUUUAAAAAUAAAUUAUACACUAAUAUUUACUCUAUUAUUUGUGCUUUAAUUCUUGUAGGUUUCUUAUAUUUAAAUUAGAAGUCUGUGUCCUGCGAGUCUGGCUGUCUCUGUGCUGGCUGACACAGCUAUAUCUGAGUCUUGCUGAAUUACAAAAGGCAAAAUAUAUAUGUCGAAUCUAAUUAUAUCAUAGCAUAUUUUUGUUGUAGUAAACUUUCUGGUGAACUUACAGAUAUAUUGUAUUGCAUGUUGCCUAUCUCAGUAAAUCUGUUUUACCUUUAAUUCUGAAGC